AUGGCCAUCAACGAUGCGGUUCCAGGCGUCGAAAUAGCCAUCACGGUUGAUGGGAAGUCGCUCCAAGAAUACACGGAAGCUGGCUUUGAAGAAGAACCGAAGACCGUCACUCGUUACGUGGAAGCCAAGUCAAACCAGAACUUUGCGAUCAGCAUCAAGACUACCAAAGGCACUCACAUGAAAGGCGAUUGUCUGUGCUUUGAGGUAUACGUCGACGGACAGCGGGUUAUUCAACCCAUCGUGACCUCAAAGUCUGUUCGAUACCGCAGCCUUACACGGGUUGUCGAAGGCCAUAUGCCCUCGGCGACUACAGUCCGAUCAUUUCGUUUCGAUUCGUUGGAGAAAGCAUCGGAUGGCAAGAUCCUCAAGCGAGAAGCCGCUCUCGUCAAGAGCCUUGGCACGAUAGAGGUCAAAUGCAGCCAUAGGACUAGGUCGCACAAGAUGUCCCGACCCUCAGAUUUCGUUUCCGAUACUGGGAUUUUGUCCGAGAAAGCACUACAAGGUCGUGCGCUUUCCCACAGCGUGGCGUUCGAGGCACCAAGAACGACGAAAGUAUGGACAUGCUAUGAGACAGAGCUGGUCAAUAAAGAUGAGCCAUGCGCGGGGAAGAUUGCCUUCAAGUAUCGAUCAAACGAGAGUCUGAAGACAGAAAUGAUCAUACCACGCACACCUUCACCGCCCCCGCUUUACGAGAAAGAGAAGCUCAGCCAAGAGGAAGUUCGCGAGUUGCAGAGACAGAUGAGGGAGUUGACGAGUGUACCAGCAAACCUGAAGCGUGAGCGUUUGGAACCAUUGAAAUCCAGAUCCAACAAGCGCCCGCGCAACGAGCUGAGCGCCGACGAUACUCUGUACGACCUGCAAGGCGCUAUACCUCAACAGAUCUCGACCGCUCACCUGCCACCACGAAAGAAGCCAGAGGUUGUGGAGCUCAGUAGCGAUGAUGAUUCUGACUGA